CAGGACCACUUGAGUUGUUCCUGUAGUCCAAACAUUCAGAUGGCCGAGCAGAGGAAGACAUCUCAGUGGAGGCCCGGGCUGCUCCUGCUCCUGCUCCUGGUCUCCCUGGAGCCGGGCUCCUCCCACCGGGCGGCUGCCCUCCACCUGCGGCGCUUCGUCGGCUGCGCCGUCCGUGAGUUCACCUUCCUGGCCAGGAAGCCCGGAUGUGGGGCGCUGCAUGUCACCACCGACGCCUGUGAGACCUGGGAGAAGCCGGUCCUGGACCCGCCCUACAUCGAGUCCCACCAGAGGGUCUGCACCUACAACGAGACCCGCAUGGCCUCCGUGAAGCUGCCCGACUGCCUGCCCAGCGUGGAGCCCACCUUCACCUACCCCGUGGCCCUCCGGUGCGACUGCACUGUCUGCCUCACCAGCACCACCGAGUGUGUGACGUCUGUCUGACCUGCAUUAAAGAACCCCUGCGUAUAUCCUGGGGAGACCCUGUUAAUCCUAUGUCCAGUUAUUAUCAUGAUACAUA